GAGUGACUUGGACGCGGACGGGAACUCGAAUUCGGUGCUGGUGCCCGUGCUGUGCCUGUGCUGCCAGUUCAACCAACACCCUCCGCCACUCGUGAGUCCGCGCGACGCCAGGGCCGCCAGGGCGACGCGAGGCAACGCCGGACAACGCCAGGUCGCACUAGGGUUGCAGCAUGGACGCCGAGGAAUACCGCAGGAAAGGCAAGGAGAUGGUGGACUACAUCGCCGACUACCUGGAGAACAUCCGCAGCCGGAGGGUGUACCCGAACGUCAAGCCCGGCUACCUGCACAACCUGGUGCCCGAGAGCGCGCCCUUGGACCCGGAGCCCUGGGAGGACAUCUUCAGCGACGUGGAGCGGGUGGUCAUGCCGGGGGUGACCCACUGGCAGAGUCCGCACAUGCACGCCUACUUCCCGGCGCUCAACUCGUACCCCUCCCUCUUGGGGGACAUGCUGGCCGACGCCAUCAACUGCAUUGGCUUCACCUGGGCGUCCAGCCCCGCGGCCACCGAGCUGGAGACCGUGGUGAUGAAUUGGCUCGGCAGGAUGGUGGGGCUGCCCGACGAGUUCCUGCACCUGCGCAGCGACAGCCCCGGCGGGGGCGUCAUCCAGACGACAGCCAGUGAGUCCACGUUCAUCUGCCUGCUGGCGGGCCGCACCGAGGCCAUCAGGCGCUACAAGGAGCGCUGCCCUGAGCUGGAGGACGCCGAGAUCAACAGCAGGCUGGUGGCGUACACGUCGGACCAGGCGCACUCCUCCGUGGAGAAGGCGGGGCUCAUCGGGCUGGUGCAGAUGCGCUACAUCGAGAGCGACGACCAGCUCAGCCUGCGCGGCGACCGCCUCCGCGAGGCGCUGCGCAAGGACCGCGCCAACGGACUCAUCCCUUUCUUCCUGUGCGUCACCCUGGGCACCACCGGAGCGUGCGCCUUCGACAACCUGAUGGAGCUCGGACCCAUUUGCAAGGAGGAGCGCCUCUGGCUGCACGUGGACGCGGCCUACGCGGGCACGGCCUUCAUCUGCCCGGAGUUCCGCGGCUGGCUGGCGGGCAUCCAGUUCGCCGACUCCAUCGCCUUCAACCCCAGCAAGUGGAUGAUGGUGCACUUCGACUGCACGGCCAUGUGGGUGAAGAACAGCAACGCCCUGCACCGGACGUUCAACGUGGAGCCCCUGUACCUGCAGCACGAGAACUCGGGCCUCGCCAUCGACUACAUGCACUGGCAGAUCCCGCUGAGCAAGCGCUUCCGCGCCCUCAAGCUGUGGUUUGUCAUCCGGAAGUACGGCAUCAAGGGGCUGCAGAAGCACAUCCGGGAGGGCGUCCGCAUGGCGCAGAAGUUCGAGGCGCUGGUGCUGUCCGACCCCCGCUUCGAGAUCCCCGCCAAGCGGCACCUAGGCAUGGUCGUCUUCAGGCUGGUGGGCGACAACGAGCUCACCGAGCGCCUGCUCAAGAGGAUCAACUCCAACGGCGCGCUGCACUGCGUGCCCGCCUCCCUCAAGGGCCAGUACGUGAUCCGCUUCACCGUGACGUCGGCGCGCACCACCACCGAGGACAUCACCAAGGACUGGGCCGAGAUCCGCAGCACGGCCAGCACCAUCAUCCACGAGUACCACGCGGCCAACGCGCAGGUGCCGACCACCAGGGCGAGGGCCAGGGUGCCGCUGGCCGAGACCCGCGCCCGGAACGAGCUCUUCGGCUCCAGCCUGCUGCUCGCCAACUCGCCCAUGUCGCCCAAGAUCGUCAACGGCAGCUUCGCCGCCAUGUUCGACAUGGACACGGACAUGGUGACCGAGUGCGGCUUCAACUUCGCCCACCUGCGGCUCGGGCACAAGAACAGCCCAGCCAUGCGGCGCCGCAUUCGCGGCAUGCUGCUGUCGGGCCGCCAGUUCUCGCUGGACUCCCGGAUCGACCUGGUGCAGGGCACGGUGCAGGGCGUGCUGGCCGAGGAGAAGGAGCGCCGCGCGCAGGGCAAGCAGGCCGAGUUGCCGCUCAUGCGCGAGGACUCGGUGGAGGCGGGCGGCGCGAGCGCCGAGCACGGCCACGACGCGCAGAACUCGCACCACGCCGGGCAAAACCGCUCCCGCUCCGUGGAUCGCCCAGCUGAUGUGGACGAGGACGUCCCCGACGAGAAGCCUGCUCCGCCCACAGCAAAAGCUCAAGCUCCUGCAGCCGCCCCGGCUGCCCAGUAAAUAAACUAUUUAAAAGAAUAAAGGGUCUAAGCAUUUUAUCUAAUCUAAUGUAAAAAGGGAAUGCCAAAAGAAAUGCAGCUUCCUUGAUGUAGGCAAUCAAUCCGAAAACACAAAGUUCCUUUUCAUAAAAUGUGACAUGCGUUAGCUAUAAAAAGUAACAAGCGCGCAAAAUGUAGUCCAUGGGAUCAUUGCGCUUGUCACAAAGUUUUAUUGUUUAGAUUUUGCUAAAACAAAUAUAAGACAUUUACGUUACACCGUAUGUGUCUGCUGUUUGAUUGGCGUUCUUUUGUUCUACAAAUUUAAACAACAUGCUUCUUUUACUUCUGCAUGAUUUUUAGUUUGGAAAGUGUUAGAUGUUCUGUUCUCAUAUUAAAAUCAAAUGUUGACAGUUUUGUUUGAAACAAAUAAUAGAAGUAACAAUAAUUAUAGUCGGUUGAUUCUUUUCAAACACCCAAGUGUGUUUCCCUUUUCUUAUAACUAGGAUCAGAUGAAGAGGUACUCUUCAAGGGAAGGGAGCUACAGUAUCUUCUGUAGUGUCUCACUCCAUCAAGCAUUUCAUUAUGUUCCGGGUAAGACAAUUCUCCUGUCUAUUUUUGGUGAUGCACUGUCAUCAGCAAGCUACUACAGUAGAUCUUGGAUGUUAAUUAAAAAAUGAUAUAGGAAAACAGUAACAAACAAUGAUAAAACAAUUAAAUUAAAACAUGUUUAUUUGAUUUUUUCUGGUUGUUAAUUACAGCAAAGUUGCGGAAUAUAAGACUGGACUAAUGAAAUAGCACAAAUGGCAACACCUAGAGCAGGAAAUAGGAGCUCAUUCAACAAGGUUUAUAACUAGCAUCACAUGAUUUAGCAGAAACGUCUCUGAACACCUGUAUUUUACCUGUCAGAAACUCCAGCAAAUAAUGAAGAUUAUGAUUGAUUCAAAAUAAAACUUACUACAGUAACUA